AUGAGCCCUUUCUUCGUCGGAGAAUCAGACACUGAAGACUCAUACAAGAGAUUCUCAGGUGUUUCGAGGAGACCACGGGCAGCCAGUGAUUCAUCCUCCAUCGACAUAGCGAACUCUUCUAAACGUUCGCAUCCGCCCGCACCUCCACUAAGAAGAUCAUCUUGGGGUUUCUCUCAGCGCGUCUCCAAAGAAAAGCGUACCACCACCCCACCCGAGUUACCCAAACAUCGACUAAGGAGAACUUUAAAGUGGCCGUCUCUUAGAUCACAGGUUGACUCUCUCCUGACGCAAGACCCUCACCCAUUAGUAGCUGAAGUUGAAGAAAAGGAGAAAAUGUCUUCACCGGGUGGACCCACCGCCACGACUGGCGGAACUACCUUGACUGGUCCUGAUCGAGACCGACAGGCUACCACAACUGCGAAGCACAGCCUCCCCAUGCCGGGGUUGUCUGGGAAUGCCAAUGGACCAAUCGGUAAUUUACUCAAGGGCCCCGUCGACGACAGUGGUAGACUCAAGGACGCCGCGCUGUUGGUCGGGAUCAAGCUUGAUCUUGAGGCUGAGAUCCACGCCACGGCUAGGGUCCGCGGUGACAUCGUGGUUGGGCUAUAUUGA